ACACGCAGGGCUCUUGUCACUUGUUUCUGUUUCCUGGCUCCCCAGCUGCUCUGACCCUUCCCUCCCCUCUUUCUCUGCUCUCCUCGGCCCAUUCCAGUUCUCUCCUUUCCUCCCUGCGGUCGUGAGUGUGUUUCGGGGUGAGCAAUGUGUUGUUCGGUGGGUUUCGCCAGGUCUCUGGGUCUAGCCCUGUUGCCUCUGGCCCUCUGCUGUAUCCUGGCCAACCUGCUGCUGCUGUUUCCUAGGGGAGAGGUUACCUACAUCCAGCAGGACCGUCUGGCCAGCUACAUCUGGUACUUUGGUGGACUAGGAGGAGGGGGACUGCUGGUCCUUGUUCCAGCUGUGGUCUUCAUCACUCUGGGGAAAUGUAGCUUCUGCUGGAAUGAGAGCUUAAUGAUGUGCGGGUCAGUGUUGGCAGCUGUGGUGGGCCUGGUGGGGUCCGGAUACUGUUUCAUCAUAUCAGGGUUCGCCUUGGCACAGGGUCCCCAGUGCUUUACCACUUAUGGAUGGACUUACCCCUUUCAAAAUCAAGGGGGCAGGUAUCUCGUACAACCAGACACUUGGUCACAGUGUCUUCAGCCGGCUCAUAUCGUUGAGUGGAACGUAACUCUGCUGUGUGUGUUACUGGGCCUGGCUGUGCUGGAGUUCAUCAUCUGUCUCUUACAGCUGGGAAACGGUUUAGUCAACGCAGUCUGCCGGCCCUGUUGCUAUAAGCAGGAGUAUAGUCUUAAUGCUUAGUCAAACACGCACGCGUAUGUAGUCUCACCUGCAGAGACAAAAGUGCAUGCGCACACAUAAAAUUCACACUCAUGUAUGUACACAUACAGGACAUUAAUGGACACAUGCAUUAUGCGGAAUCUUGCCCAGCACCGUGUGUGAGUGAGCACAACACAACCUUUCUCCUUAGACACUCGUACGCCUGCAGUAUCAUGGAGACCUGACAGCCAAGUCAGUGUAACCGCUAUAUUUUCAAGCUUUCAAUUUGCACUGUUAAAGUGCCAAAAAUCACUAUGCAGUCAUUGAUGAUGAUUGAUGACAUUUCAAAGGUAAAAGGUUAUUAAUUGAUGAUAAUAAUGUAGGUGUGUUUGCCAGGAAUAGUCCAUAAAAGAAAGAAAAAAUACAUCUUACUUUGUACCUGUUGAAAGUAGGUUAAUCAGACACAUGUACACAUAUAAUAAAGAUAAAAGUAUCAUUGAUAUUAAUAAUUAUUGCGCAGUUGUCACACAAUGGUUUGGAAAUCCAUAUAAAACAGAAACUUUCUGGUGUCUAUUUGUUUGUUGUUUUUUUUUAAAAGGAGGUUAGGCAGAAUUGUGUCUUACACUUGAGUGAUAACUGUACACUCACUUCAUGAAAUCUGUAUUCUUAAUGCCAAGGUUGCUCACUUUGGAUGCUGUUUUUAUUGAGAUGAUACUACAAUUCAAAUCACAAUGUCAUUACGCCAGCUUAUGACAUAAGCUUUUGUGUCAUUGUGUGUGUCCUUGCAAGAAGUGAUGCACAUUUCCAUUGUCUUUCAUCAGCAUCUUGCCUGACAUGAUUAUGGCGAGGCAACAGGAAGUGUCCUUUCUUUCCAGCUUUAUUCUUGUGGUUCCAACAUGUCUACACUGUGUUGGAUCAAUUAAGGAUUACCAGCAAAUUUGUGUGUGUUUGUACAUUUGUUUUUCAUUUUUAGAGCAUUAUGUUGUAAAUUGUUUUCUUUGCGCCUUUCUGAUGCUAGAUCAGUGUUAACGGACAUUUUAUAUAUAUUUUAGUGACAUAUUUUUAUAAUGUAUGUUUGUGCUGCCUUGAAUAAAGAAAUGCCUAUUUCCA